CCUAGUUCUUCUCGCCUGUAUAGGGUCGUCCUCUUCAAUCCUUUCCACAUGCACAUACUCCAUAUCACGCCACACGUACUUCUCCUAUCUUGUAACUCUUAAUGGCUAACACAAAUACCAGCACUUCUCCAUACCUUCCCUUCCUUUGAUCCUUUUCCAUGUGCAAUCCCCAUUUCAGUACAACUCAUCUUACCCAACAUGCGCCAGCAGUUCCCUUUCCGAAUCCUUCCUUUUUCCCUUCCACAGAUCGUUUCUCUAUAUUAUGUAAUCUCCGUUCCAGCCGAUCUCAUCUUGCCUUAUUCAGUGAUUCUUAACCUUUUUCCGAUCUCAGCACCCCCAUUAGUCAGAUCCAGGCGGUGCAUUGCAGCACCUCUGACUCUGGCUAACACCUGGCUACAGAGACAACACUUGUUACACUACCACGCUGAGGGUGAUUGUGAUGGCUAUCGUCGCUCAGGUGUACUUGAUCUACAAGAGCGCUAUCUUUAUGUUCGUCUCUGACUGCCAGAAAGUCUACAACACCUUGGCCUCAUGGAGAAUACAGCUGUCUUAUUCACUCGACGUUAUAUGGGGCAGAAGAGAGCCCGGCUGUGGCUUGCAAGGAGCAGACUCCGACUAUUGCUGCAAAGAUGACUUGGCUACGUUGAUACAAACCUACCAGCGGCUGACGCAACUGAUACACCAGACCGAGAAACUUUAUUCAGCCACACUGCAGUCUUUCUACGCAACACAUAUUGUAACUCUGUGUUUGGAACUGUCCUUCCUGGCGUGGGGGAUUGGCGUGGGUGGAAACUAUUUUCAUGAGGAGACUGUUUGGCAGACGCUGGUGAUCCUCCAGACUUUCAUUGUCUUCUUCCUGGUUUCCCUCAAGGCCAGUAGGGUUGCCGAAGAGGGUCUGCAGUGUGUGGCUCUUUUACGGAGAAGUUUGCCUUACUAUUCAACAGAAAAGGAUAAAUAUCAUUUUGAGCAGCUGCAUAUGAUUUUGACAGCCAGUCCAGUUUGUAUCAGCGGUGGACAAUACUUCUCCAUCACAAGAGCCUUCAUUGUGACAGUGGUAGGCGUGGUAUUGUCGUACUUCAUGAUUGUGCUGCAAGUUAAACUACCAUCAGUUCAUCAGCAGCGAGCAGCUCUUCUGGCCACCAACUGGAGUUUAGACCAAUGAAGAUCUGGGACCACAUUAUCAAACGCUUCAUCAAACGUUUCAGUCUUAAAACGACUACUUUUCACAGACUCUGAAUUAAGUUGUUUUUUAUUAAAGAUGCUUCUCAUGUCAAGUGAUGACAGAGUGUAGACUUAACAGUAAGGAAAACCUGAUCAGCUCCGCCCACCAAAAUUAAGGUCUUCCUCCCUCGCUUCGUUGAUGACCCCAACCUGACGCUGGUCACAGGAACCGCAGUGAGUAGAUUAGCAUAAAUUAUAUUAAAGACCCAUGGUAAAUUUUUCGACCAGUAUGAACGCAAAGGCAAGUAAAGAUGAUUGAUUGAUUGAUUGAUUGAUUGACUGAUGUAGCGCCGCAACAUCGCGGUCAUACGACGCCGCUACAAAAUUUUAAAAGCAAACACUACCUGCAUUUUCCACGUCACACCUGCCCAACUCCCGGAUGGUUAAAAUAUUAAUAUGAAAACAAAAUUAUGGUAUGGUAAAAAUAUUACAAAUCACACACACACACACACACAAAAAAAAAAAAAAAUGAAAUAGGAAGAACCAUAAAAGCCUUAAGUGCUAAAAAUGAGAGGGUUGGUAUAUCAAUGCUUUAAUUCAUUAAUUUAAUUUAAAGUGAGAAGGUACUGACCCCACUGACCUAGAUCACUAUGUCUGGCGUCGUUCGUUUCGUAUUCAAAGCACUGACCCCACUGACCCAGAUACCUGGCGUUGUUCGUUUCGUGCCCUCUAGCUAAAAAAUUCGACGCGAGCCAAAUGGUUGCGGUAUAUACCGUUGGAUGGGAAAUUAUAUUGUGCGUUUAUUAGCAUGUAUGAGGUCUCGCUGAGACACAAGGAAGUUGGUGAACAUUGCAGAAAAACUGAAGAUCACAUUACAAAAUAUAAUUUUCAACACCAUUCUACUCUUUGGAAUUUAGGAAUUGAAUUAAAACAACAGAAGAAAUGAGACCUAUAUAACAUAAAAUUGAUAGAGUUGUGCUGUCAUGUGGUGCUAAUUUCGUUACGAUCGGACGCGCAGUUCCAGAGAUAAUAGUGUUUGAAUAGCGUUACGGUCGGGGUGUGCCGGGCCGCUCAAAAUGUAAUUCUGACCUCAAUAGUAAAAUUCGCUUUGCUCGCAAUGUUUCCUCUGAUUUUUGCCACUCGUUGAACAUUAUCGGGAUGUAACUGAAGGAUGUUAUCUUCUGAUAAUUCGCACAGGUUCUGGUUGCAAGUACGUCCUUUGCAGUAAUUAAACGUUUGAUUUGGUUGAUGGAUUCAAAGAUCUCAUCAGAAGGACAAAGUAGAUAAGAAGCAUCAUCGCUUGUGUUAAAUCUUUAUUCUGGAUCAAUACAUUUUACACCAUACUUCUUGAUGUUAUUUGUAGGGAGCAGUCCUAUCUCCCUUUCUAGAUACUUAGCAGCCUGAAUAAAGUUACCUCGACCUUCCCUAUAAUAUGCUACAAACCAGCAAGGUGUAGGUGGGUUGUGAACUUUGGGAGCACAUUCUUCAGCGUCAUCAGAGACAUUAGGACAAUAAUCAUUCUCGCUGUCAGCUACAUUGCUUGAGCGUAUGAUCUCAGUAAUUAAGUUGUUGUCUCCUAGAUCGCAGAGAAUUUAUUGCCUCAAGAGGAGCUUUGCCAGCGAUAUUAGAUGUAAAUGUCACAUAGCACCCCCUAGAGAGAAUCUCCGUCCUAUUUGAGACGGAUAUGGAGAACCGUUCUAAGAGGCUUGAAAACCGAAUAGAAAGCACGGUAUGACAUGGAGGCAUAGACACUGAUGAUCAUAAGAGUGUCAAAACAAGACUAAACAAUUGACCCAAGGGUCUUCCACCAUGGGAAGCAACACUAGGGGGAGUACAAGCUCCAGCAUGCACAUCAUCAUCACGACCAGAGGGCGACGUCUCGAGGGCCUGAUCGACCAACCCUCAAGGACCAGAUGAACUUUUAUGUUUAACCAUAAAAUAAUUAUAAAAAUAAUAUAGCUCCAGGGGCCAAGGGAAACAGCCUACCGGGACCAUGAGGGGACGAGCGCUGGCUGCUGUGAACGGGGGGUGGGGGUGCCUUGUCCCUAUGGAAGCCACUUGUUUAAAAAAAAAAUCGCCCACUUGAUUCUAAAGUUUGUCCACGACAGACCUAAGACCUCCCCUCACAACGCAUCCCAGCCCAUUCCAACCAUCUGAACACAGGACGACCACAAAAAGUGGCCCCUUUUGGUGAGCGGCACCUUUGAGCGGUGUAAUGUAGUGGUGGCGGUGCUGGUGUGCCCUGAAGCACAUGCUGUACUUUACUUUUCUGAGACACUGUUAUGGGCUGAAGUGUCUAACGUGACACAUGGCCAUCGGAGGAUACAGUGGCUUUCUUUCCACCUAACCUUUCUUUCACCUAACCUGUUUAGCUUAAACCAUCAAUUUGCUGCCUUUACAGCCAAACGCACUGUGAUGCUACGCCAUAUCCCGUGUUAAUUCAUGAGCCAAAUGUAAGCAUGUCGAUCAGUUCACUUUGUGCUAACCGACCCAAAGUUCGACGCAUAACGAAGAACGCCAGAUAUCUGUGUCAGUGGGGCUAGUGCCUUGGGUACGAAACGAACGUUGUCAGAGAUGUUGUUAUGGGUCAGUGGGGUCAGUGCCUCGGGCACGAAACGAACAUCGUCAGACGUGCUGUUAUGGGGUCACUGGGGUCAGUAUUGAAAAACCAACACUCUUAAUUUGUAGCAGUGAAGUUUUCGCUAAGAAAGUGAAGUCCUAAUGUUACCUUGUCAUUCUUAGCUCGUGCCGCAGCUAAGGACCCUUUUAUGUAUUUACAUAUUUAUUCAUUUAUUUUUUUACUAUACCAUAAUUUUCUUUUUAAUAUCAAUAUUUUAACCUGCCAUCUUUGCUGCUUGAAACUUUUUGCAGCGGCGCCAUAUGAUCGCGAUAUCGCGGCGCCAUAAAUCAAAUCAAUCAAUCAUCUCUGGUUAGCAGCGAUCUGGCUGCAUCCAUUCUGCAUUACAGGUCAGGCCAACCUGACUAUGAGGUGAUUGGGGUUGAGCAGGGUUAUUUAAUAAGAUCAUUCCUCACUGUCUUAGUCUACACAGUGUGCUAGUGAUGAUUUAGCAGACUCUGUUGGAUGUUAUUGGAGUGAAGAAUGUUUUCACAAUUGUAGUGAUAUUUUAAUAUGAAUUAGUGGAUGUCGUGAUUUUCAAGGAUGUCAAUGUUUCUAAUGAUGUGUUACUGUUAUUGAGUUUUUUCAAGGGCCAUCUUCAUGAUUCUAGCUGCAGUUUACAACGCUCUAUUAAUUUUUUUUGGGGGCUUACCAUGGAUGUUUUCACGAUUUUAGGGAUAAAUUGAAGAUUUAUACAUUUGGCCUUUGGAAAAGAUCGUUAAGAGAAUCCUAUUCGUUCGAGAGUACGAAUUCUGGUACCGGGAGAAAAUGUGAUUGCAAACAUUAUGAAGUAAAUAAUUCAUAAUUCAAUACUUAAUAGAUUAAAAAAAGAUUAAAUAAAGGAAUAUAUAUAUUGGUUUACACGAUGUUUUCAUUAUCUGCUCUUGAUCGUGUUCCAUAACACUAACUUAACAAUGUUCUCUCUGCUUCGCAAAAUCAUUAUUCUAACAGUUGUUCACUUCGUUGUCACAAACACAGCUAAAAAUUAACAUGCUUAUCUCCGCUCAGAAACAAACAAUUAUCGCCCUGCUACGUGUUGUUCAAUGUUCGGUACUGCUAGGUCAGAGAUAUCAUCGGAUGAUUAUCUCGUUAAUAAAAUUAUCACACCAAUCGUAAAGAGAUGAUUUCCGGAGACAUUAAUGGAAACUUAUCUAAUAAUUUACAUAUCACCAUAUGGUAUGAAUUUAUUAUGGGUUCAGAUGCCGUGUUAGAUUUUUUUUUUUCGAAAAUAACUUAAACUAAAUUAUGAUUUGGGGUCAUACGAGUUCUUUGACAGAGCUUGUUUCAGACACCGCCAAUUUUCAUCACUGUGGUCAAGCAACAAAAUUCUUAAAUCUUCUGUGAUCAAAACAUCACAACCUCUGAUUAUCUGUUUUAGAUAGCUGAUCACAGAAUAUACAAUAAGCAAUGAUGGAAAAGUUAAGUCAUCCUUGCUUCAUAACUAUCAAUGCUGAACACAGGCACAUCUGCAGUGGGAGAACUAUGAGUGCUCCAAGAAACCCUUUUUUUUUUUUAAUACUUCGAUGCAGAUGAAUUAACAGCAUAAAAGCACAAUUAAGUCUAAAAAAAAAAAAAAAAAAAACUUUGUGAAGAUAGGAAAGUGAAGUCCUAAUGUUACCUUGUCAUUCUUAGCUCGUGCCGCAGCUAAUGACCGUAUUCUGAAACACUUCUGUCCACACCUCAACUACUUCCAAAGGCUUUUUACUUAAAGUCACACGGGUUUUUAAGAGUGUUCUUAUGUUGAAGUGACAGAUUGACAGAGCAUUAGGAGAAAGUACUCUUGGGAACCCGGCUUAAUAUCUGUGUGGCCUUGGGAAAGUGAUUGUGGUGAGAGAGCAAAGCGUUUCUGAAUACCGACUAAAAUAAUAAAAGAACGAUAGAUGGUGUGAGAUCAGUGAUGUUUCUACACCAUUUGUCCAGAUAGACUGAUGUAUGGUGUUGUCCUGCCUUAGAUAUAUUCAUGAAGGUGACCAACAACUCUCUUCAGUGUUUUAUUUCAAGAGUGAUAACAGCACAGGGUUCAAAAUACCACUAGCAAAAGUUGCGCUUAACUUUGGUAGAUAUUGUUAUGUAAACCCGGCGGUCCCCAACUGUCAUCAGCUCCCUCCACUGCAACACGGCACUCGCUGGUCGGGCUACACUCACCGACACACAUCCUUAACAGCCGCGUUCUCCAG